AUGUCAUGUGAGACCACUAAAGGGGAGAUAACCUUGAUGGUGAACACCACCGAAACCAUUCAGGAAACAAAAUUCUACAUGAUCGAUGGAGAUAUGAGAUACAAUGCUUUGUUCGGGAGGCCGUGGAUUCAUAACAUGAGGGCACUACCCACAACACUACAUCGGGCUUUCAAAUUCCCAAUGCCAAGAGGAAUUAAACCAGUUUACGGAGAGCAACCAGCCGCAAAGGAGAUGUUCUUGAUCGAUGAGGUCAUCAUAAUAUCUGCACUUUCAACAUCACAAGGUUCGAGUUCGGUCGCCAAGGGGGAAACAAAAUAG